AUGGAUGAUCAAGAAAUUAAUUUUGCUCAAUUACUUGAUGCAUUUCAAUUAUUUGAUACAAAUAAAGAUGGUGCUAUUAGUUUCGAUGAAUUACGAGCUGUAUGUCAAAAAUUACAAAUGCCUAUUGAUACAAUGAGAUUAAAAUAUCUAUUUCAUAAUCGUGAUAAUAUAUCAUUUGAUGAAUUUUGUCGUAUUGUACAAGAUUAUCGUUCAAAUUCAAAUGAUGCAUAUUUUCAAGAAACAUUUAAUGCAUUUGAUAAAAAUUCUGAUGGUUAUAUAACUACUAAAGAAAUAAAACAAACUAUGAAAGAACUUGGUGAACCAAUAACCGAUAAACAAGCUAAAGCAAUGCUUAAAUCAGCUGAUUCAAAUCGUGAUGGAAAAUUAUCCAAAGAUGAAUUUCGUACUCUAUUUAAUCAUUUAACACAUUUUAAAAAUUCGACAUUAAGAUUACCAUCUCCUUCAAAUAUAACUAAUAAACAUAAUUCACAAUAA